AUGGAUACAAAUAAUACUCAAAUUGAUCAUCAUAUUCUAACCUUGAAUGACUAUUUAAACAAAUUUGAUCGUUGGAUUAAUAAAACUAAAAUGAUCAAUGAAUCAAUAAACAAAAGACGGGCAAAGUUCAAUUAUAUUCAUCUCAUCAAUGAACAGUUGAUUCAGUUGGAUAAUCAUUUAAGAGUCGUUUUCGAAAACUAUCCUUUGUAUACUUGUAAAGGAUUACCUAAUAAAGUCAUUACAGUUAUGGAACUUCUUGUAACUCAGGUAAGAUCUUUCAUGAUAUUUUGUUUCGGUAAUGGAGUUGCUCAAAUUACUUAA